AAUAUGCGCUCCUUUCACUUUCGGUUUUCUCGAAAUGCCUAGUGACGAACUUUAUUUUGAACGAACGACUACAUUAGAUAGAUAGUGUUGACAGAAUUUCACAAUGGAGGGUAUAGUCGUGGAGGUUCUUGGCGUCCCCAAUAUCCUUGCCUCUGAUAGAAUGGUUGACAAGCUCACUAUACACUUCCUGCGACCACGGAACGGGGGAGGAGAGGUGCAGAGAGUGCUGUUUCCAUCUGAUAGCCCGGGACAGGCCUUUGUCAUAUUUGAGGAACCAGAAGUGGCUGCCCAUGUCUCGCGGUUGACCCAUGUGUUGAAGGUGGACCAACAACAAUUUUGUCUCAAAGUCAGAAUAGUUGACAGGCCUGAGGUGGACAUGCCAGUCAAGGCAACUCUGGAUGUGAGUAUGUUCCCCAAUGACAGAGAGGUGCGGCGACUCCUAGACAUCCAUGGCUUUAAGGUGAACGAGCUUCAACAUGGUCAGCUGCUUGUCCAGGGCUCCUUUCUGAAGCUCAGAGCAGUGAAGGCCCAACUGCAGCAGCUCCUACACCAAGACAACCAGCCCCAAUACAACCCUUCCACACCCAGCCUCAGUGGCCAUGCCUCUGGGACCUACAAAGCCUCCACCAGGAUGCACCACAUCAAUGGCACCGCAAUGCAUGCUGGUAACAUGAGUCCUAUGUAUGCUGGGAGCAGGAGUCCUAUUUCAGUCAAUGGAGAGCAGUUUGCACAUGUCCUACAGUCUUCUUCCCCUACCAACUAUUCACGGGACUCAGGGUCACCUUGUAGCCUCUCCAGCCCCCCGAGUGGCAACCCAUCUCCCAGUCUUCUGGCACCAGGGUAUGGAGCCAACGUGACCCACAGGAGGAACACAUCUCCCAGCAGGUCUCGCAGUGUGGUCUCCUUCCUAAUGGACGCAGAUGUGCUCCGAUAUGCCCUGUGCUUCAGGAAAAAGGACAUUGAUACAAUUCUUGGAAGCAACAACAUUCAAAUGAAUGUGCAGCCUAGUGAAUGUUCCGAAAUCAGUUCUGUUAGCCUCGAGGGGAAGAACCCAAAGAGUACUAUGGAAAAGCUGCAAAACUAUCUCACUACACUCAACUCAACACUACGCACCCAAGAAAUCCCACUGGGAACAAUCGAUCACAACGGACAGGUUAGAAUUAGUAAACUGAUUCAGAGGUAUAAUAGUGUUUAUCCUACUGUCCUCGUCAAUCAGGUCGGAGAUAUUCUCCGCCUUGUAGGGCCUUCCAGGGACAGUUAUGACAUGAUGCAGAUUCUCUUGGGAAAACCCCUAGAACUUCCACCAGCCGGGCGAACAGGGAGGGCACUGGACAGGGGCUCAAGGGAAAGGAGAAGCAGUUCUCUAUCGAGUCUGCCCAAAAGGAAGGAUGCCCCCAUCCCAUGGGAUCGUGACCCUGUCCCUGUGUCUGUUGCUGUACCAGAUUACUCCCCCUCAAAGUACCAGGGUGACUCUGGGCAUGGAAGGACUGUACAGAGGGCUGGAAGCCCAGUACCCUAUACAUCCACCCCCAGUCACAGGGGAAGAAGUCACUCUGAUUCACAGGAGAAAGUAAAGGAGCAGAGAGUAACACAGAGGGAGGAGAAAGUAAAGGAGCAGAGAGUAACACAGAGGGAGGAGAAAGUAAAGGAGCAGAGAGUAACACAGAGGGACGAGAAAGUAAAGGAGCAGAGAGUAACACAGAGGGACAUCUCGAGGCGAGAAAGGGAGGAUGAUGUGGUAGGGCCCUCUGCUGGAGCUCAGAUGCCAGUGAUGAAAAAGAAGUCAUUACUUCCCAAAAUUCCUACAAACAAAGCAGAUUGGAAGGAUAUGCUAUCAGGAAAAAAAAAGAAAAAGCCAUAACAAGUCACUAGUUUAGAUUCUGACACCUAUAAUACAAUUGGCUUUAGCUGUUUAUUUCUUGAAUAUGUUAUAUGUCACGUGGGGCAAAAUGUUCAGUACAAUUUGGCUUAGGCAAAUUGAUUAUGACAGAUUCUAAUAUGUUCUUUCUUAUGGUCUGAUUUUAAACUAUUAUUGUAAAUAAAUGUGGUUGAUUUUAUUUAUAUUUAUUGAGGGUUCAAGAGUAUGACAAAUGUAUUAUAUUUGUAAAUCUUUUUUGUUGCUGUGAUAUUUGUUGUUAUUUUCAUUGUGUUUGAGACUAAAUCACUAUCGAAAGGUUUUGUACAAAAUAUGCAAAUGAAAAUGCAAUUCGUUUCUGGAGUAGACUUUCAAUGUAGCCUAAUGAUUAAUCAUAAUCUAUCUAUGUUGAUUAUUUGGAACAAAUUGCCUAUUCUGGGAUGAUCUCAUUCAAUCACUUGUGGAAACUGUCAUGGAAUGUGUUCAUUUAAAUUCUUCACAUAGAUUAAAAUCAACAUAUUCUCACUU